UAUAAACAGAAGAGUUACAUACAGUUUAUCCACACAGUGUUUUCGAUCAUGACAUAGCAACAGACUUGACGCUUUCUACAAGACUGCAUUAAGAUCUUUGGAAGAUUAUUCUGCCUUUUUCAGCACUUUAUAUCAUUGUCUGUCUGCAUGCACUGGAAUGUAUAGAGAGGAAAUAUCAGAGAGAAGUUGACAGCAAGUAGACACAUAAAAGUCUCUUUUUAAAAAACAGCUGAGCGAUCACAAUGAUACCUCAGGACAUCAUCAAAGAAAAGAGCAACCUGUGGAUAUUUGGGUAUGGCUCCUUGGUGUGGAAGCCUGAUUUUGAGUACAAGAGGAGCAAAGUUGGCUUCAUUAAAGGUUAUAAAAGGCGUUUCUGGCAUGGAGAUAAUAUUUAUCGAGGGGACAAGGAAAAGCCAGCCAGAGUGGCCACACUAGUGGAGGAUCAGGAGUCUUGCACAUGGGGUGUGGCCUACGAGGUGACAGACUCCCAGGUUGAAGAAUCCCUUCAGUACCUGAACCUGAGAGAGGUUGUGUCGGGCGGUUACAUAACAGAGAUGGUUGAGUUCAUCCCCCGGGAGAAGGGCCAGGGCGCUCUGUUGGCCCUCGUCUACAUUGCUACCUCUGACAACCCCAUCUACCUCGGCCCGGCCUCGGACAAGGAGAUCGCUGCCCAGAUCGCCAUCUGCAGAGGGAACUCGGGCCCCAAUAUUGAAUACCUGGUCCGCCUGGCGGAGUUCAUGAGGCUCUACUGUCCAGAAGUGGAAGAUGAGCACCUCUUCUCUAUUGAGGCGGCUCUUUUGAACAUUUUCAAUGACUGCGGAGGGGUCAAACCCCUAGACCAACAGUCCUUCUGCUCGGUGCUACAUAAAAGACUACACUCCACAACAUAAAAAUGUUUUUAUACUGGGUGAAUGGGAAAUGAUGUCCUGCGACACAUGUUUAAGGUGCUUGUAAGAGGAAUACUUGAUGUGGUUUUAUGGGAAAUUUAAAAGUGGAGAUAUUUUCUGUGGCAGUUUUUAUGUCUUGACAUAACCUCACAGAAUAUGACCUUUUGACUUCUGACUUGACAUUUUUUGACUGGAGACAGAAAAUGUGUAAGUUAUACAUGCUUUACUGUAUGCAAACUCCAGAUGCAGGUGGUGCUUUUAAAAACAGCAUCUCUUUUUGAAUACAUAAUAUCUUACACCUUUGUUGUAAAAGGCUCUCAGAAGCGAUUGUAUACUGUGUACAUUUUUUUAAUGUAUUGUAAUAAAUACACAAAAAACUUCA